UAGAAUUUGCCUGAAAAGAGACGAAAAUAUGCUACCUGUCGAGCAAAAUUGAUGAAAAAGUUGUAAAAAUAGGUUGUAGAGGCCAUCAAAACAGAGGAGGAAGAAGGACAAAUGCAUUUUGGAACGCGGGCGAAUGAGUUCCCGCGGCGGGCGGCAGGUGGCGCCACUGUAGGCGGCGUGGCGCGCGACACGGCGAAGUUGGUCGUGAAUCGUGAAACGAAAAUGGCGUCGCGUACACGGUGCCGAUGAUCUCGUUUACCCGCGUCUCGCGAUCCGGAUAGUUACGAUUUACAGGCGGUGUGCGACGUGGACGACAAGCGGACUGACAGUCGUGCGCAACGUGACCUUGGUAUCGUCCGCGCGACACCCGGAGAUACGUGCUCGUUUAAAGCGGUCGCGCCGCACGUAAGAACGUUGGAACGAGCGGCGGCGACGACGACGACGACGGUGGUUGAAGUAACUAGCGGUGACGACGAUUUGUGCGAGAAUCGGUGCCGAAUUUACGCCGAGCACAUCGCAUCGCCGGGCUCGUGUAAUACAACUCCCCCGGGGUGUGUUUUACUUGAGAAAAUUAUCGCCCUCUCGUUCUGUGUUUUCGCGCGAGGACGGUUCCUCGUCUCGCCGAAUGGCACGAUGAAGGACGCGAGAUAUCAUUUCCGCGCCUAAGUAUUCGAGGGCACCGACGUCGCGACGAACGGGAGUGAUGUGUGUCUGACGUGAGCGAGUGCAAAGCGGUUCUCUCCUCCACGUAUCGUCCUUGUUUCUUCGACGGACCCGCGGAGGAGGCGACAGUGAGGCGACGACGACGAGGACGCGCGACGUCAGGAGUCCAUCUCGCUCACCAUGGCGGUGAAUCCGCGUGAUAUGGACGGCUUCAUGCCGCUCCUGUCAACGACGGAUAUCAAGAAGAAGCUGAACGUCGGCAGCGUGUUGCUGAAUUUUCUCGGCGACCUGACCAAUAGCAUCGAGUGCCAGGACAUCGGCAUGUUCAUCGACAACGUUAUACCGUGGCUUGGCAACGGAAAUCCUAAAGUUGUGCAAAAUGGUUUGGAGAUCCUUACGUUUCUCGCGGAUCGGAUGGGUCACGAUUUCAAGCCUUACAUCUCCACCAUCAUUCAACCGACGAUAGACAGGCUAGGGGACAGUAAAGAUGCUACUAGAGAAAAAGCGCAGUUGGUGCUCCUAAAGAUCAUGGAGAAGGGAUGCAUGUCACCCCAAAAUCUUCUCGAUAGACUUCGUCCUGCUUUUAAUCACAAGAAUGCAAAAUUACGAGAGGAAGCUCUAAUUUUGUUGACGACAACGCUGAAUGAACAUGGAGCAGACGAGAUGGCACUGUCGGGCGUGAUCCCGAGCAUUGUCAAGUUGCUGUCUGAUCCUUCGGAAAAGGUUCGGGAGACCGCUUUGAAUACGCUGGCGGACAUUUAUCGACAUGUAGGCGAGAGAUUACGCGUCGAUUUGCAACGAAAGCACAAUGUGCCGCAAGCCAAAAUGCUCCUGUUAAUAGAGAAGUUUGAUCAACUGAAGGCUGCCGGCGAUCUCCUACCCUUAGCAAUGUCAUCUGACGUUGGCAAAGACAGCGAUGAAACCGACAGAGCGAUCAAAUCUGCUCCUGUCAAGAGGUUGAAUAUGCCUCCGAAACGAGGUCAAUUUGGGCCCGCUAGGACACCAUCUUCUGCCUUAGCUCCCCCUGGUUCAUCCUGUACGGUCCCAAGGUCAACAACUGUCAAAAGAACUCUGUCAGUAAGAUCGACAUCAGCGCAAGCCGGAGCUGUCGAUGAAGAGUACUUCAUCACUUCGUUUGAGGAUGUACCUACUGUCACCUUAUUUUCGGCAAGGGACCUCGAGGAGCAGAUGAAGAUUAUCAGGGAUAUUGUGGGCGAUGAUAAGAAGGAUUGGAAACUGAGAACAGAUAGCAUGAAAAAAUUAAGGGCCAUUAUACUCGCGGGUGGUACUAAUUACGAAAAUUUCCACGAAUGCCUAAAGAGCGUACAGCGACCAUUCGAUCAGGCCUGCACAGACCUUAGAUCCCAAGUAGCGCGAGAGGCGUGUGUAACUCUAGCCUUUCUGAGUCAGAGCCUGAAGACCAAAUUCGCCAGUUUUGGCGAGGCGGUUUUGCUCACGUUAAUGAACCUCAUACAGAACAGUGCCAAGGUCGUGGCGACAGCUGGUGCAGUGGCAGUUCGGUUUAUCCUUCAAAAUACUCACUGUAGUCGAUAUGUGCCUAUUAUUAUAUCGUGCGUGAGCAACAAGAGCAAAGACAUUCGCAAAGCGUCCUGGGAAUAUCUGGCUCUAAUUCUGCAGACCUGGCCUACGCAGAUAUUGCAGAAGCACAUAACAGUAUUGCCGGACGCACUUAAAAAGGGCAUCGCAGAUUCCGACGCGGAAGCGCGAGUUUUCGCCAGGAAAUCAUUCUGGGCAUUUAAAAAUCACUUUCCAGAGCAGGCUGAGAUAUUACUUAAUAAUUUGGACGCGUCAUACAAACGAUCUUUGAUGUCUCUCAGCAAUAGCGGCAGUAGUAACAGCUUAAAUAUCGUGGCUAAUGCGAGAUCAUCGAGUGUUAGUCCGCGUACAGCUAGACCUGCGAUGAGCGCGGCAGGUAGUACGGAAAAUUUGCAUCAGACCAUUGGUCAACCUCAAGGUUCGCUCAGACGUACUCCGUCUUUGCCUCGAUCUUAUCGUCAGUCUGGUAUCCCGAUACUACAAAGACCAACAGAUAGUCAUUACCGAGGUACACCGGGAGUCAGAUCUACUAGCGCAAUCGAUUUGCAAGCUGCUCAAAGGGCGAAAGCUAGGACAAUGUAUGCGAAUAUGAGUAGACAGAAAGCAGCAGCAGCACUUCCUCGUCCUAGUAAAUCUCCGGAUCCUAACGCAGUUGCUAGUCCAGAAAGAAUUGCAAGGACAAGAACAAGAGUGUCAGGAGUUUCGCAAUCUCAACCGAGCAGCAGAUCAGGUUCCCCGUCAUCUAGAUUGAGCUACGCCACGUACAAUCGCGAAGGCGAAUCAUUGAUAGGCAGACCAAGAAGAUUAUCCGGACAUGGUAUCGGCAGCACAAGCAACAGUCGCGAGCCCAGUCCACAGAGAUUUGGGAUGGACAGAAGUUUCGCGAGCAAACUAAGGGGAAGAAAUUUACAUAUGUCACCGACGGAUAGCACCAGGCCACCAGUCAUGGCACAGAAGAUGCUGCAAAAGUCGCGCGAGGCGGAGUCCGCUUUGGCAGAUGCUCUGACCUUCGACAGUAUUGACAAUUACACCAGAAUACCGGGUGGCAAAGGAGAUCACAGUGACGACAGUGAAAACAGCAGCAUAUGCUCGGAACGAAGCAUAGAUGGUUACAGACGAGCUAGCGAUUCGUACUCAUGGAGUGGCUCUCAACCGAGACUAUACCGUGAUCUAUGGGAUCAGUCUAUCCCAAAGGACAUCAAAGAAAUUAUUGAAAAUUGUGCUCAUAAACAUUGGGGAGAUCGAAAAGAAGGCUUAGUGGCCUUACAGCAUUAUUUGAAUAGCGGAAACACAUUGACAUCGUCAGAUUUGCGUAGAGUGACCGAUAUUUUUACGAAAAUGUUCAUGGAUUCCCAUACUAAAGUGUUCAGUUUGUUUCUGGACACAUUGAAUGAACUAGUGAUGACUCACAGCGAAGGUCUUGGCGACUGGCUUUACGUUUUAUGUGCAAGAUUGCUCAAUAAAUUGGGCACUGAUCUAUUGGGAUCUAUACAAACAAAGAUCCAGAGAACGCUUGAUAUCGUAAGGGACUAUUUUCCGGGACAACAGCUUUUACCAGCUGUGAUGAGGUAUCUGACGGAUCCAACACAAACACCAAAUUCUCGCGUGAAAGUAGCAGCAUUGAAAUUCAUCACUCAGAUCGCCGAGACAUCUGAACCAUCCGCGCUGACCAGUUCUGCAGCGACAGCACUUGCGCGACUGCUCGACUGGUCAAACGAUGGUAAAAGUCAAGACGUGAAGAGGCACGCGCAGAACGCUGUGAUAUCACUUUACAAUCUCAAUCCGCCUCAAGUUACUAUGAUACUUUCCGAGUUACCGAAAUAUUAUCAGGAAACAGCCUGGCCCCUAGUGCAGAAUCAUCUAAGGAAAUCAUCCGCUUCGAGUAAUCCGGCCUCACCCGGUACACCACCGCCUAGAGCGCAGAGCUCGCCAGCUCGAACGAAAGCGAAGAACGACGUUAAAACGGAUGCGAAAACUGAAAUCGAUGGAGAUGAAAAUAUGGAGGAAGUGUACAAAUCAUUACGACGCACAACUGCUGAAAUACAAAAUUACGGCUUCGAGCGUUUAGAGAGAGCUACUACCAGCAAAGACAGUGGAAUCAGCAACAUGGCCGAUGUGGAAGAAAGAAUAGAAGGUCUCACUUUAUCCAAUUCGGGCCGAUCUUCGUCAGUUUCUUCACCAACGCAACGAGGACGAUCUGUUAGUAAUAUAACUGUAAACGGAUCUGAUACGAUCGCUGGUGACUUGAUUCUACCUCAAGAGAAUAAUGGAUACAAAACGCACGGAUCAUCGCCCGAUUUAACGAAUAGACCAGAAAUUGUAGAUAAUAUGGUUAAAACUUUACAAUCUAAAGUAGCGCAAACUACGGAGAAAGUAUCGGUGUUACAAGAAUUUCAAUUAUUUGUUCGCGAAGGGGAUGCGUUGUAUAUCAAACGAAAUUUCAAAAAAGUGCUCAAAGUUUUAUUAGAUAGCUUAUCCAACGAUGCUAAAGUUAUACAGGUAGAAGUUCUUCAAACGUUAAUUGAUAUGCUUAAAUGUCAAGAACUGAUAGAAUGCUUCUCUUCUUAUAAUGAGUUGCUGGUAUUGAAAGUUAUUUAUGCCUACAAAUCCGACGAUCAGAAAGUUGAUUCUUCUAGUGGAAGCGGCGGUAGAUCUCCGGUACAUUGGAACGCAGAGAAGUGCGCGGCAACGAUGGCUAUGGUUUUGAAGCCUGAACAGAUUAUACAUUUAGUUUCCACUAUAAUCGCCACGGAGACGUAUCCGUUAAAUAUGGGCGCGAUAAAGAUGUUACACAAGGUUGUAGAACAUUGGGGACGCGAAGCUAUCGAACCUCAUCUUGCCAAGGUUAUGCCGGGCCUUAUCAAGGCCUAUGAUGAUGCUGAAAGUGCGGUUCGCAAAAGUGCAGUCUUUUGCAUGGUGGCGAUUCACGUCGCGGUUGGCGAGGAGGCGCUGAAGCCGCACUUAAGCUGUCUGUACUCUAGCAAACUGAAAUUGCUAAAUAUUUAUAUACAACGUGCGCAUCAACAGGCGAACAGUACACCUGCCAGUCCGCGUAGCAACAGUAAAAAUUAACUAACAUCCACCACCACGACUCUCAGGGUCGCGAUACUUAAGAGAUUCGCCCGUUUCGGCGCGCGGCAUGAGCGAAUGCUAAUGAGCUUUCUCAGUAAGUCCAAUCCGUGAUGGUCGACGAUGGUUUUAUCAAUAUGACUCGGAAGUUUUGAUACAAUAGAGACUGAUGAUGUGUGUAUGUGUGUGUGCGUCACUUGGCGAUUUGCGUGAAACGGUACUCGAGACGACAGUGAUGUUGCUUGUGAAACCAGCACGAUGAUUAUCCUGGGGUUAUGUGUGCUGUGUUACUAUUUGUUUGUAGAAAAAUAAGUGCGAUUAUUAAUAUUAUAUAAUUAAUUACA